AUGACCACAAAAUCUAAUCGGCCAGAUGAAGAACUUGAAGCUGAUUUUAAUGCACGUGCAACUCAAUUGGAAAAUUCUUUAAAUGAAUUAGAAAGUUUUCUUUCUCAUAUUGAUUCAGUAUCGUAUACAACAAUACAUGAAGGUUUAACACCACUUGAUCAAGCUCGAUUUGAUUUAACAGCUACUUAUACACUUAAUUCAUUAAUGUGGGCUUAUUUAAGAACACGUGGUAUUGAUCCUAAACAAACACAAUUAAAAAGUGAAUUAGAUCGAGUUAAAUCUUAUAUGGAUAAAUUAAAAUCAGUUGUCGAUAGACAAUCAGCAUCAAGAAUUGAUAAACAAGCAACAACACGACUUAUGCGAAAUGCUUUAUGGCAACAAGCACAUUCAAAAAAUAAAACAACAAAUAAUGAUGAUCAACAAACAAAUUAA